AUGCAAAAGUGCUUGCUGGCGCAACUCGGCCGCAACAUUCACGUCUACUUCGAUGACAUCGUGGUGAAGACCAAGCAGCACCUCACGCUCCUUGACGUCCUGAAGGAAACCUUCACCAAUCUACGAGAGUACCAGAUCAAGAUCAACCCGGAGAAGUGCGUGUUUGGCAUGCCGGCCGGCAAGUUGCUUGGCUUCCUUGUCUCGGAGCGCGGCAUUGAGGCGAACCUGGAGAAAAUCAAGCUGAUGAAGAAGAUUUCGUCGUUCGAGUGGAACGACCAGGCAGAUCAAGCAUUUUGGGAUCUCAAGCGCAUGCUGUCCACCACACCCAUCCUGAUCGCGCCGGCCGAAAAAGAUCCAUUGUUGCUAUACAUCGCCGCCACCUCAUGGUCCGUCAGCAUGGUGCUGGUGAUCAACCGUCCAGAAGAAGGCAAGAUCCAGGCCAUCCAACGCCCGGUCUACUACCUGAGCGAGUACUUCCAGGAGCAUGUUGUGAUCGUGGUCAGCACACCCCCCAUCGGCGAGACCAUAGGUUGUCGGGAUGCCUCCGGUUGGCUCGCCAAGUGGGCCAUCGAGUUGGCCACCCAGACGAUCCUCUACGAGCCCCGUAUCACCAUAAAGUCCAAGGCGCUGAACGACUUCUUGGUUGACUGGAUGGAAACCCAGUACCUGCCGCCGCCACCUGACUCCAUGCACUGGCCCAUGCACUUUGACGGCUCCAAGAUGUGGUCCGGCUUGGAAGCUGGCAUCGUGUUGUCUUCCCCCAAGGGUGACCGGCUUUGCUACGCGCUGCAGAUCCACUUUGCCGCCUCCAACAACGUCGCCGAAUAUGAAGCACUUGUUCACGGCCUCUGGCUAGCCAAAGAAAUCGGCAUCCGGCGCAUUCUCUGCUACGGCGACUCAAACCUGGCGGUACAGCAAGCUUCCGGCGAGUGUGACGCCCGAGACGCCAACAUGGCCAGUUACCGUUUCUUGGUCGAGCAGCUUUCCGGCUACUUCAAAAGCUGCGAGUUCCUCCACAUGUUGCACACCAAGAACGAGGCUGCCAACACACUAGCCAAGAUAGGCUCAUCCCGACAAGCCAUUCCGUCCGGCGCGUCCCUGGAGCACCUACGCAAGCCGUCCAUUAGGCCAUCUCCAAACUCCGAGUCCAUCUUCAUCCCGGAUGGUCCCGCAGCUCCCCCACCCAAUCCUGAAGACCCCGGCCCGGUCGCGGGGGUUGCCGGCUCCGGCUCGGGGGAUGCUGAACCCGUCCCGGGGGCUGUCGGCUCCGGCUCGGGGACUGCCGAGUCCGUACCAGGGGUUGCUAACCUGGUCCCAGCGGCCACUGUCUCCAACCCGGCGGCUGCCAUCCGCAACCCAGGGGCUACCGAGCCCGGCUCGGGGGCUGCCAUCCUGAAUCCCAUCCAAGUGGCCAUCAUCACGAUGGUGGCACCUCCAUCUUGGGCUCAACCAAUCCUAGAUUUCUUGGAAAGUGGCGACCUCCGCAUGGAUGAGACCCAGGCCCGGCAAGUUCAAUGCCGGGCGUCCACCUACACCAUCAUCAACAACGAGCUCGUCAGGCGCAGUGCAACGGGCGUGUUCUAG